CAGAGAUCUCUAAGAGGGAAGAGGAAGAAAUCAUUCAGAAACUUGCUCGCCUCCCUGGUGAGGUUUAGAAGGAAGAGCUGCAGAUCUGGCGGUCCAUUCAAAGCAUCACUUAACAAUUUAUAUUCCAUACACUGAGCGCUGUUAUUUAUUAAGAUGGCAUACAUGAUUGUAGAAGAGAAAACAGAUUCAAUCCUUCACCUUACGAGGUCUCCUGGUAUUAGGUCCUGGUCUGUGUUGGUUGGAAUUGGUUCCAUUGGUUUGGCUGCUGCCUACUACAGUACAGACAAUUGGGCAUGGAAAUUAUUUUAUGUGGCUGGGUGCUUUUUUGUAGCCAUACAAAACUUGGAAGACUGGGAGGAAGUUGUAUUUGACAAGAUUAAAGGAACUGCAGUUCUUAAAAAUUUUAACCUUUAUACAAGGAUAUUGACCAUGUGGUCCAACAGUCAGGAGCAAGUUGUGACGCAGAUUCAGCAUAUUCGUGACGUGACUGUGGAGGAGGAGAGAAUCCGCUAUUUGGGCAAAGGUUAUGUUGUAGUACUGAGGUUUGCAACUGGGUUUUCACAUCCACUUACCCAAAGCGCAGUGCUAAGUAAUCAAAGUGAUGUUAGUGCCAUAGCGGACCUUAUAAUUAACUUUCUAAACCUUAACAAACCUGCCUUUGAUGAGAAACCAGAAUUAUCUCCAGAUAGCAGUGAUGGUACCGGUAGUGACAAUGAAAAAAACUGAAGAUUAAUGGCAGAAAGCUGUUCACAGACAUUAAGAACACAACCAAAGUAAAUCAAAGGCUUUUAACUCCUGACAAAGUUGUGGAACAUUAAAAAAAAUCUAUAAACACACCUAUUAUGAAACUAUAUAGUGAUCAAUCAAUGUCCAACACUUAACAACCGGGCAAACUUCUUCCCUGGUGAAAUAAACUACGUUCCACUGAUACUAAUGUGGACUACUUGCUAAGGUAGUUUGUUGCUUUAAUUAAGUGUAUUAUAAAAAGUGCAAACUGUAAGAACUAAUAGCUGCUUAGGAAAACUGGAAUGGAGAAAUUAGUCUGGUAUUUAUUUUGACCUUUCCAGUUCAAAAUGGGUGGCACAGUUGUGAAGGUAGUGUUCUUGCCUCAUAGCUCCAGGUUCAAUCUGUGUGGAUGUUCCAUGUCCUCCAUGUGACAACUUGGGCUUCCCAUGGGUGCUCCAGUUUCCUCCCACAUCCUAAAAACUUGCUUAUUGGCACAUUAAUUUGUUAAUAUAAAAUACCCUCAGUGUAGGUGGAUGGGAGAAGAAUCAGGGUAGAGUUGAUGGGCUUGAGAGAGAGUGAAGUAAGUUGUGAAAUGGGUUUGAUGGGAUUGCUGUGAUAGCCAGCACAGUCCUGUUGGGCUGAAUGGUCUCCUGUAUCAAAAGGAGAUGUAAUAUGAAAAUAUUCUGCCUACAGUCCACUUCAACCUUCUUUCAGGGGUUUCCUGAGAAAGAUUGUUCAUACAAUUGUGUUGCAAAAGCAUAAAUUUUGGAUAUAUAAACCAAGUACAUGGAUGAUGAAUUUAGCAAUAGUUUAAGUGCUGAGUAUUUGUGUAGUAUCUUGAGAUGAUUGUGAAUGGCUAAAUACACUUUGUGCAUGAGUUGCCUUGUUUUGGCAACCCUUUUUUUUUCAUGGAAUUACCAUUUUUGUCAAGCUACUGUCAGAACUACCAUUUAAUACUGAACGUCGGUCAAGCAUUAUCUAUGGAGUUAACAUUUGAGCUUAAUAAUAGUAUUUCAGAUUUCCAGCAUCUGCAGUAUUUGCUUGUAUAAUUCUGAAUAAUUUGCAUAUUCACCAUUUUUAAAUAAAGUCAUUGCGUAAGGAAAGAUAUUUUGAAAUAUGUAAAAGAAUUACAUAUAUAGAUAAGAAAUAAUGUAAAAGAAUUACAUAUUUGAGGAUAUUCCAGGCAUGGAGAUUGCAAACCAUGAAAGUGAUGCUCCUCACAUACUCAAUACUCAACCUCUUGUUGGAUUCAGCUUUUGUUUGACAGAUAGAAAUCAUGAGUGUGACCAGACAUCCCAUUCUAUUCUAUGGAUAUUACCUGCGUCUUCACUCAUCAAUGUUAUGCUCCUUCCACCACAACCUGUAGCCCCUCUUCACCCAUAUCGAGUGGUCUCUGAUGUAUUGUUUCCCCAAUCUUUCUUCCUGCCCACUCUCCUCAUUCACUCAUUCUCUUCUCUCUAUUUUGGGGUCAAUUAUCUUACACUGGACUUAAUAAAUAUUGCAUUUGAUCUUCACAGUUUGGAAUGUAAUUAAAGAUUAAUUUAUUCAUAUUUAAACCAAGCCUUGUUUGUGUGCAUAUUAAUGGCUAAUUAAAGAACAUUAAAUAAACUUUAAUAAGUUUAAUCUG